UCUAACGUAAACACUGAAUUUUCAAUUUCUCAAUUAAAAUUGGUUUAAAUAUUAUUGAUUAGAAACAUGAGUAUUCGUAAUCCUAAUACUUUAAUGAGUGUGCCAGAUGAACAAUUUGAUUAUUUGUUUAAAAUAGUGCUAAUAGGUGAUUGCGGGACUGGUAAAACAUGCAUAGUACAACGUUUGAAAUCGGGCAACUUCAUAGAAAGGCACGGAAAUACCAUAGGCGUAGACUUUUCUAUGAAAACAUUAAUUGUGGAUGGAAAGAAGGUCAAGUUACAGAUUUGGGAUACGGCUGGACAGGAAAGAUUUAGAACUAUCACGCAAAGCUACUAUCGCUCUGCUAACGGAGUUAUUAUAGUGUAUGACAUUACUAAGAGGUCAUCGUUUUUGUCUUUACAAAAAUGGAUAGAAGAAGUAAGACGCUACACAUCAUCAAAUGUUAUUGUGUCAUUGAUUGGCAACAAAUGUGAUUUGACAGACCAGAGAGAAGUAGAACCGGAUGAGCCAAAAUCAUUCUGUCGGUACUUUCCAGAAAUUAUGUUUGUCAUGGAAACAUCUGCUAAAGAUAAUACAAAUGUAGAAGAUACAUUCAGAAGUUUAGCCACAGAGUUAAAGAGACAACAUGACAGCAGCGAAGGACCUCCAGCGGAGUCAGACUCGGUGGUGCUUGGUGACAGUCAUCCUGUCAACAGGUGUCAGCCGUGUCGCUCAUCUUAGGUAAAAAUUUUGACAACUGAAAACUUCUCUGAAUAUCCACCCUUCAUAGCAUAAGGUCUGUUCAUAUUGAUAACAUUAACAAUUAAAAUGUAUUACAGCUUUUAUAAUGAUGUUAUACCUUUAAAAUAAAAGCGUGUUUCAGUGUUAUCUGACCCUUAGCAAGUUACUUUUUUCAGCUCGGAUGUUACAAACAUCUUUGCAUAGGAGUUUUCAGUUUGUGCAUUAUGCAUACUUUUCCAUUACCAAAUAAUUUGCCAUAGGCUAAUGUAAAUAACUGUCACAAAUUGCCUACUAUGUUACAUAACUAGCUUAAUGAUCAGUGGAUAUCUACGUUCACAUAAUAUAAUAUGCUGAAAAAAUAAAAUUAAAACCUGACCAAAAAUAUACUAGUAAUGUAUAAUGGACUUAGGGUCAAUUUAUACUAGCACAGAGUAGA